AUGGCCAACACUACCUCCUGGUCCAGUGGCCUGUGCGGCUGCUUCGACGACGUUGGCGGCUGUUGCCUGACCUUCUUCUGCCCCUGCGUCACCUUCGGGAGGAUCGCCGCGAUCGUCGACAAGGGAGAAACAUCUUGCUUUGUGAGCGGGACCGGGUAUCUGCUCCUGAACUGGUUGACGGGGUUGGCCUGCCUCCACUCCUUCCGCUACCGCUCCAAGCUGCGGGAACAGUAUGGCCUCCAGGAGAAGCCCUGCCCCGACUGCUGCGUCCACAUGUUCUGCGAGGCCUGCGCCCUCUGCCAGGAGUACCGCGAGCUCAAGACCCGCGGCUUCGACAUGAGCGCCGGAUGGCAGGAGAAUGGCGCCGCGACCGCCGCGCCCCAGAUGAACCCAGGGAUGACUCGCUAG